AUGACGGUUGGAACAAGGCUUACACCUUCGUUAGAUAAACCUGCUGUUGAUCUUACUUUUUACAGGAGCAUGAUAGAUUCAUUGCUUUAUCUUACUGCAAGUCGACCUGAUAUCAUGUUUCCUGUUUAUAAUUGUGCAAGGUGUCAAGCAAAUCCCAGAGAACCUCACUUAACUGCUGUGAAAAAUAUCUUUCGUUAUCUCAAAGGAACAAUUUUGUUUGGAUUGUGGUAUCCUUCGAAAUCAGGCUUUUUCAUUCAAGCCUUAUUAGAUUUCGAUUUGGUAGGUUGCAAUCUUGAUCGAAAAAGUACAAGUGGCGGAUGUCAAUUAUUGGAUGGGAAGCUUGUUAGUUGGCAGUCGAAAAAGCAAACAUGUGUUGCAGUUUCAACUACUGAAGCAGAGUAUGUUGCGGCUGCUGCUUGCACUUCUCAAAUAAUAUAG